AUGACCCUGACUGUGGAUGUCCCUGCCAUAGACACCCGUUCUCACAUGACCCUGACUGUGGAUGUCCCUGCCAUAGACACCCGUUCUCACAUGACCCUGACUAUGGAUGUCCCCGCCAUAGACACCCGUUCUCACAUGACCCUGACUAUGGAUGUCCCCGCCAUAGACACCCGUUCUCACAUGACCCUGACUAUGGAUGUCCCCGCCAUAGACACCCGUUCUCACAUGACCCUGACUAUGGAUGUCCCCGCCAUAGACACCCGUUCUCACAUGACCCUGACUGUGGAUGUCCCCGCCAUAGACACCCCUUCUCACAUGACCCUGACUGUGGAUGUCCCCGCCAUAGACACCCGUUCUCACAUGACCCUGACUGUGGAUGUCCCCGCCAUAGACACCCGUUCUCACAUGACCCUGACUGUGGAUGUCCCCGCCAUAGACACCCGUUCUCACAUGACCCUGACUAUGGAUGUCCCCGCCAUAGACACCCGUUCUCACAUGACCCUGACUAUGGAUGUCCCCGCCAUAGACACCCGUUCUCACAGGACCCUGACUUUGGAUGUCCCCGCCAUAGACACCCGUUCUCACAUGACCCUGACUAUGGAUGUCCCCGCCAUAGACACCCGUUCUCACAUGACCCUGACUAUGGAUGUCCCCGCCAUAGACACCCGUUCUCACAUGACCCUGACUAUGGAUGUCCCCGCCAUAGACACCCGUUCUCACAUGACCCUGACUAUGGAUGUCCCCGCCAUAGACACCCGUUCUCACAUGACCCUGACUAUGGAUGUCCCCGCCAUAGACACCCCUUCUCACAUGACCCUGACUAUGGAUGUCCCUGCCAUAGACACCCGCCACAUGACCCUGACUAUGGAUGUCCCCGCCAUAGACACCCCUUCUCACAUGACCCUGACUGUGGAUGUCCCCGCCAUAGACACCCGUUCUCACAUGACCCUGACUGUGGAUGUCCCCGCCAUAGACACCCGUUCUCACAUGACCCUGACUGUGGAUGUCCCCGCCAUAGACACCCGUUCUCACAUGACCCUGACUAUGGAUGUCCCCGCCAUAGACACCCGUUCUCACAUGACCCUGACUUUGGAUGUCCCCGCCAUAGACACCCCUUCUCACAUGACCCUGACUAUGGAUGUCCCCGCCAUAGACACCCGUUCUCACAUGACCCUGACUUUGGAUGUCCCCGCCAUAGACACCCGUUCUCACAUGACCCUGACUAUGGAUGUCCCCGCCAUAGACACCCGUUCUCACAUGACCCUGACUAUGGAUGUCCCCGCCAUAGACACCCGUUCUCACAUGACCCUGACUAUGGAUGUCCCCGCCAUAGACACCCGUUCUCACAUGACCCUGACUAUGGAUGUCCCCGCCAUAGACACCCCUUCUCACAUGACCCUGACUAUGGAUGUCCCUGCCAUAGACACCCGUUCUCACAUGACCCUGACUAUGGAUGUCCCCGCCAUAGACACCCCUUCUCACAUGACCCUGACUGUGGAUGUCCCCGCCAUAGACACCCGUUCUCACAUGACCCUGACUGUGGAUGUCCCCGCCAUAGACACCCGUUCUCACAUGACCCUGACUGUGGAUGUCCCCGCCAUAGACACCCGUUCUCACAUGACCCUGACUAUGGAUGUCCCCGCCAUAGACACCCGUUCUCACAUGACCCUGACUUUGGAUGUCCCCGCCAUAGACACCCCUUCUCACAUGACCCUGACUAUGGAUGUCCCCGCCAUAGACACCCGUUCUCACAUGACCCUGACUUUGGAUGUCCCCGCCAUAGACACCCGUUCUCACAUGACCCUGACUAUGGAUGUCCCCGCCAUAGACACCCGUUCUCACAUGAGCCUGGCUGUGGAUGUCCCAACUAAAGAAACCCCGUUCUCACAUGACCCUGACUGUGGAUGUCCCCGCCAUAGACAUCCGUUCUCACAUGACUCUGACUAUGAAUGUCCCAACCAUAGACACCCGUUCUCACAUAGCCUGUCUGUGGUUGUCCCAACCAUAGAACCCCGUUCUCACAUGACCCUGACUAUGGAUGUCCCCGCCAUAGACACCCGUUCUCACAUGACCCUGACUAUGGAUGUCCCCGCCAUAGACACCCGUUCUCACAUGAGCCUGGCUGUGGAUGUCCCAACUAAAGAAACCCCGUUCUCACAUGACCCUGACUGUGGAUGUCCCCGCCAUAGACAUCCGUUCUCAUACGACCCUGAUCGUAGAUGUCCCUACCAAGUUUUUUCACUGAAUCGCUGA